AUGAAUAGUGUAUUAACAUUAUUCAUUGUAACCUUGUCCAUCUUGUUGGGUGGUGCAAAUGCAGAAACACAUACUUGGUGGUUUAAGACCACUUAUGUGAAUGCCAACCCCGAUGGUGUGUUUGAACGUCCCAUGAUUGGUUUUAAUGACUCAUGGCCAUUACCUACCCUCAGAGUAAAGAAGGGCGACAGAGUCCAAAUAUACUUAACCAAUGGUUUUGAUGACAGAAACACCUCGUUGCAUGUCCACGGAUUGUUCCAAAAAGGUACUAAUCAGAUGGAUGGACCAGAGAUGGUUACCCAAUGUCCUAUUCCACCAGGAGAAACAUUUUUGUACAAUUUUACUGUUGAUGAUCAAGUUGGUACUUAUUGGUACCACUCCCACACAAUUGGCCAAUACGGUGAUGGUAUGAGAGGUGUCUUUAUCAUUGAAGAUGACGAUUUCCCAUACGACUAUGAUGAGGAAGUUGUGAUGACACUUGGUGAACACUAUCACGAAAGCGCUGAUGUCUUGAUCCCCAAAUUCAUGUCUAGAUUCAACCCCACUGGUGCCGAGCCCAUUCCUGCAAAUUUCUUGGUCAAUGAAACCAGAAACAAUACCUGGAAGGUUGAGCCAAACAAGACAUAUUUGUUGAGGAUUAUCAACACUGGUGGAUUUGUGUCACAGUACCUUUGGAUGGAGGACCAUGACUUUACCAUUGUUGAAGUUGAUGGUGUAUAUGUAGAAAAAAACACUACUGAUUUGCUUUAUAUCACCGUUGCUCAAAGAUAUUCUGUCUUGAUCACCACCAAGAAUUCAACCGAUAAAAAUUAUGCAAUGAUGAAUAGAGUCGAUAUCGACAUGUUGGACUUGAUUCCAGACGACUUGGAAUUGAAUGGUACCAAUUACAUUGUGUAUGAUGAAAAGAAGUUUGAAGAAGAAAAGCCCAAACCAUACUUGUUGGACUCGAUUGAUGAUUUCUUUGACGAUUUCUACUUGAAGCCACUCUCAAAAGAAAAGUUGCUCGAUGAUGCUGACUACACCAUCACCAUUGAUGUUCAAAUGGAUAACUUGAAUGAUGGUGUCAAUUAUGCCUUUUUCAACAAUAUCACAUACACUAGACCCAAGAUUCCAACUUUGCUCACUGCAUUAUCUGCUGGUGAAUUUGCCACCAAUGAGUUGGUUUACGGUACAAACACCAAUACAUUUGUCUUGGAAAAAGAUGAUGUUAUUGACAUUGUGCUUAACAACUUGGAUACCGGUAAGCAUCCAUUCCAUUUGCAUGGACACGUUUUCCAAUUGAUUGAGAGACACGAGAGUAUUGAUGAUGACCAGGACCCAGUGCUUUUUGACGCUUCAAACCACGCUGAAAGACCAGAGUAUCCAAUGCUUAGGGAUACUGUUUAUGUGAACCCACAAUCAUACAUUGUGAUGAGAUUUAGAGCUGAUAACCCAGGUCUCUGGAUGUUCCACUGCCAUAUUGAGUGGCAUUUGGACCAAGGUUUGGCCAUUGUCCUUGUUGAAGAUCCAUUAACCUUGCAACAAACCAAAUCUCAACAAUUGACUGAAAACCACAAGGAUAUCUGUAGAAAGGCUGGUAUUCCUUUGGAAGGUAAUGCUGCGGCAAAUGCAGAAAACUUUUUGGACUUGACUGGUGAAAAUAUUCAACAAAAGAGAUUACCAACUGGGUUUACUGCCAGAGGUAUUGUUGCCUUGGUGUUUUCUUGUGUUGCUGGUAUCCUUGGAUUGGCUGCAAUUGCAUUCUACGGUAUGCAAGAUAUCACGGAUGUUGAGGAGAGAGUUGCUAGAGAUUUGGAUGUUGAUUUCGAUGAGGAAGGCGACGAUGAUUAUAUCUCAGAAGAUGUUGCAAAAGACUCCAACAAUUCAUUAGUUGGAGAUUCCAGUAGAAGAAUUUGA